AUGCCAGGAGAUCAGUUACAAGUGUUGAAUGCACUUGAUGUAGCCAAGACGCAAUGGUACCAUUUCACGGCGAUUGUAAUCGCCGGAAUGGGAUUCUUCACGGACGCUUACGAUCUUUUCUGCAUCUCUCUCGUUACAAAGCUCCUCGGCCGCAUUUACUACCACGUAGAAGGCUCCAAGGUGCCUGGGACUCUCCCUCCCAACGUUGCCGCCGCCGUCAACGGCGUUGCCUUCUGUGGGACCCUCACCGGUCAACUCUUUUUCGGGUGGCUUGGUGAUAAGCUCGGGAGGAAGAAAGUUUACGGUAUGACGCUGAUGAUCAUGAUCCUUUGCUCUGUAGCCUCUGGUCUCUCUUUCGGGCACAAGCCAAAAUCUGUGAUGGCCACGCUAUGUUUCUUUAGGUUUUGGCUUGGGUUUGGGAUUGGUGGUGACUAUCCUUUGUCCGCUACGAUCAUGUCUGAAUACGCUAACAAGAAGACUCGUGGUGCGUUUAUCGCGGCGGUUUUCGCCAUGCAAGGGUUUGGGAUUAUGGCUGGUGGUAUUUUUGCUAUUAUUAUUUCAGCUGUUUUUGAAGCUAAGUUCCCUGCUCCUACCUAUGCGGAAGAUGCCUUGAGAUCCACGAUUCCACAAGCAGAUUUUGUAUGGCGUAUAAUCCUGAUGUUUGGUGCUCUUCCUGCGGCAAUGACGUUUUACUCUAGGUCAAGGAUGCCUGAAACCGCAAGAUACACAGCUUUGGUUGCUAAAGACGCAAAGCAAGCUGCUUCAGAUAUGGCUAGGGUUUUGCAAGUGGAGAUAGAGGCGGAGCAGGGGAUAGUCGAAUAUAUCUCAAAUGAUAAGUCUAAAUCAUAUUCCUUGUUCUCCAAGGAAUUCAUGAAACGUCAUGGACUUCAUUUGCUUGGUACUACAUCAACAUGGUUCCUUCUCGACAUCGCUUUCUACAGUUCAAACCUUUUCCAGAAAGAUAUUUUCAGUGCAAUUGGCUGGAUACCUCCGGCUCAAACCAUGAGCGCGAUUCAAGAAGUUUUCAAGAUCGCACGAGCGCAAACACUCAUUGCCUUGUGUAGCACGAUGCCUGGUUACUGGUUCACAGUUGCGUUCAUCGACGUCAUUGGAAGAUUUGCUAUACAGCUGAUGGGAUUCUUCUUCAUGACGGUCUUUAUGUUUGCUCUAGCUAUUCCUUACGACCACUGGACUCACAAGGAGAACCGAAUCGGAUUCGUUGUCAUGUACUCGUUAACAUUCUUUUUUGCCAACUUUGGACCUAAUGUUACAACCUUUGUUGUACCGGCUGAGAUAUUUCCGGCCCGGUUCAGAUCCACAUGCCAUGGUAUCUCUGCAGCAUCAGGAAAAUUGGGUGCAAUUGUUGGUGCUUUUGGGUUUUUGUACUUGGCUCAAAGUCCAGAUAAGAACAAGACAAGUGCAGGAUAUCCUCCAGGGAUUGGUGUCAGGAACUCGCUUAUCAUGUUAGGUGUAGUUAGCUUUUUGGGUAUUCUCUUCACUUUGUUGGUGCCUGAAGCUAAAGGUAAGUCGCUUGAAGAAAUAUCUGGUGAAAAUGGAGACAAUCAUGAGAACACCAACAAUGGGAAUAGAACGGUCCCAAUUGUCUAG